UGUUCGAUUGUAAACAUACCAAAAUUAUAUUUUGCAAAGCGUUGAUCAAAAAGUUACCUAUUUAAAAUUUUAAUACAAAAUUUAGGUUGUGAUCAGUUAUAAAAUGACGGACCAAAUUGAGGAACUGGAAAGCUCCGAGCUGGGCACCAAAGACUACUGGGAGGCGAGUUACGAAACGGAAAUACGCAACUACCGGGACCACGGCGAUGUAGGCGAAGUGUGGUUCGACGAGGACAGUCAGCUGCGAAUAAUCCGGUGGAUUGAGCGGCAGGAGGAUCGGGUUCAGCAGGACGAUUCCAUUAUAGACUUGGGAUGUGGUAACGGCAUGAUGCUGGUAGAACUGGCCCGCGAAGGAUAUUCCAAUCUAACGGGUGUGGAUUAUUCACCAAAAGCAAUAGAACUGGCACAGUCGAUAGCAAAAGAUCAGGAGCUGGACAUCAAUUACAGGGUUGUGGAUCUUCUAAACGAGUCCGAUGUGGUGGCCUUGGGGAAGUUUAAAAUCGUCCACGACAAAGGGACCUACGAUGCGGUCAGUCUUCAUCCGGACAACGCCAAGCAGAUGAGGGAGACUUACAUUAAAAGCGUGGCGCAGCUUUUGCAAGAUGAUGGACUUUUUGUUCUUACUUCAUGUAACUGGACCCAAAAGGAACUGGUGAACAGUUUUGGAGAAGUAUUCGAUUUGCAUGUGGUCAUUCCGACUCCGUCGUUUAAGUUUGGAGGCGCCGUGGGGAAUGUUGUUACUUCUGUUGUUUUUGUUAAGAAAUCUACUAAAUAGAUAGUUUUAUCGCA